GAGGAUCAAGUAACGAAGAUCUCUGUUGAAGAGCAAAUGCAUCUAACAACGAUCCGCGCCAUGGAGAAAGACCUCGAUCUAGUAAAAUCUGACACAAAACGUCUCAAAGAGGAGACUGAACGAAUGAUGAAGGCAAAGGACCAAACAUGCUCAAAAAUUUUUGAUAAGCAGAAGAAGAUUGCCUCCCUACACAAUGAUUCCUCCACUCUUUCUCAGACCCUGGAACUUAUUAUACAAGAAAGGGUCAAUACCUCUGCCAAACUGCAAAAGAAGAAAACUUAUUAUGCCAAGAUCAUGGAGGACAUGAAUGCAAAGUUACAAGAACAGCAGGAUUGGAUCAAUUCUCACAAACUCAACACUAAUGCUGGAAAGCUAGGACUGGUUGAGACAAAAACCGGUGCCCAUGAAGAAGGAGAUAUAAGAGUCAAAACUAGCAUUGCAAUGGAUCCCAAAACACACAGGAUGGGUCAAGAAACAAAUGAGAAAUACAAUGACAUAAUGACCAAGUUGGAUGGUUCAAAAGCUAAGCUUGAGGAGAUAAUGACAAAUAAAUCCAAGCUUGUUUUGGAGAAUUGCAAGAUAAAGAAAUCUAUUGAGCAAUUGAAAUGUAGGACUGCUAGCUUUCCGCCGGCGUUGAUAACAAUGGACAUGAAGGCAUUGGAAGAGGAGCACAAGGCUUUGCUGUCUGAUAAUGCUGCAGAAGUAGAGUAUUUUCAGUGUCUGCAGCACCGAAUUGAACAAAUAAAGGGAAUUUCUCAUGUGAUUAAAUGCCCUUGUGGAGUGGAAUACAAGGUGGAGUUGGAGAAUAGUGGUUAACAAACCCAAGGCUAUACAAGACAUAAUCUUGUAUUCAAAAUGGGAGCAGAGAUCUUGCACAAGCAUGGAUAUUAUAAAUGAAACUACAGAACAUGCAGAUAUGCAAAGAGAUGAACAUCCGUUAAAUCCAGCGAGGUGACACAUAGACAGAAGAUAAUGGGUGAACAUCUAGAAAGUAGAAACGUAUGGACGACAUUUUUUUUGGUAAAAGUAAAACAUAGGAAGAGCACUAACAGAAUCUGGGGAUAGUGCAUCCCACAAAUCUUCUAAACUGAUCUUUUCUAUGAGAAAUCCUCACAUUCAACAUG